CUCGCCACCGCCGUCUGCCGCCAUGGCGGCGGCCAACGCCCCCAUCGCCAUGCGCGAGGCCCUCACGCUCACCAGCCUGGGGAUCGCGCCGCAGUUCGUCACCUUCACCCACGUCACCAUGGAGUCGGAGCGGUACAUCUGCGUCCGGGAGACCUCGCCGCAGAACAGCGUCGUCAUCAUCGACAUGGCCAUGCCCAGCCAGCCCCUCCGCAGGCCCAUCACCGCCGACUCGGCGCUCAUGAACCCCAACACCAGGAUCCUGGCCCUCAAAGCUCAAAUAGCUGGAACCACACAGGAUCACUUGCAAAUAUUUAAUAUUGAGGCUAAGACUAAAGUUAAGUCACACCAGAUGCCUGAACAGGUUGUGUUUUGGAAAUGGAUCACACCAAAGUUGUUGGGUUUGGUUACACAGACAUCUGUUUAUCACUGGUCAAUUGAAGGAGAUUCUGAGCCAGUUAAGAUGUUUGAUAGGACAGCUAAUUUGGCCAAUAAUCAGAUUAUCAACUAUCGAUGUGAUCCAGCGGAGAAGUGGCUUGUGCUUAUUGGAAUUGCACCUGGUGCUCCAGAGAGGCCGCAGCUGGUGAAGGGAAAUAUGCAACUUUUUUCUGUGGAUCAGCAGCGUAGCCAAGCACUUGAAGCCCAUGCUGCUUCUUUUGCAACAUUCAAGGUUCCUGGCAACGAGAACCCAUCCACCCUCAUCUGUUUUGCUUCGAAGGCAUCUAAUGCUGGAACAAUUACUUCGAAGCUACAUAUUAUUGAACUGGGUGCCCAGCCAGGGAAACCUGGCUUUUCCAAGAAGCAAGCCGAUCUCUUCUUCCCACCAGAUUUCCAGGAUGAUUUUCCUGUAGCAAUGCAGAUCUCUCAAAAGUAUGGCCUUGUCUAUGUAAUCACGAAGCUUGGGCUUUUGUUUGUGUAUGACUUGGAAACUGCUAGCGCAGUUUAUAGGAAUAGAAUCAGCCCAGAUCCCAUAUUCUUGACUGCAGAGUCUUCUACUACUGGUGGAUUUUAUGCUAUUAACAGAAGAGGGCAGGUUUUGCAUGCCACUGUUAAUGAUGCAACCGUUGUACCAUUUGUCAGCGGUCAAUUAAACAACCUUGAACUAGCCGUGAAUCUUGCCAAAAGAGCCAAUCUCCCUGGGGCAGAGAACUUGGUUGUGCAAAGAUUCCAGGAACUGUUUGCGCAGACAAAAUACAAGGAAGCAGCAGAGCUGGCUGCAGAAUCUCCUCAGGGUCUUCUGAGGACUCCUGAGACUGUUGCCAAAUUCCAGAGUGUUCCUGUUCAAGCUGGGCAAACACCUCCACUCUUGCAGUACUUUGGCACACUGCUUACUCGAGGGAAACUGAAUGCCUAUGAAUCUCUCGAAUUAUCUCGCCUUGUUGUCAAUCAGAACAAGAAGAACCUUUUGGAAAAUUGGUUGGCAGAAGACAAGUUAGAGUGCAGCGAAGAACUUGGAGAUCUUGUCAAGACGGUAGACAAUGAUCUUGCGCUGAAAAUAUACAUAAAGGCUAGGGCAACCCCUAAAGUCGUCGCCGCUUUUGCUGAGAGGAGGGAGUUUGACAAGAUCCUUAUAUACUCAAAGCAGGUCGGAUACACUCCUGACUACCUCUUCCUCCUUCAGACCAUCUUACGUACAGACCCACAGGGAGCUGUCAACUUUGCUCUCAUGAUGUCACAAAUGGAGGGUGGUUGUCCGCUAGAUUAUAAUACAAUAACUGAUCUCUUCCUUCAGAGAAAUAUGAUACGUGAAGCAACAGCUUUUCUGUUGGAUGUACUGAAACCAAAUUUGGAAGAGCAUGCUUUCCUUCAAACCAAGGUUUUGGAGAUCAACUUGGUGACCUACCCAAAUGUUGCUGAUGCCAUUCUUGCUAAUGGUAUGUUCACUCAUUACGACCGGCCUCGUAUUGCUCAGCUGUGUGAAAAAGCUGGCUUGUACUUGCGGGCCCUCCAGCACUACGCAGAGUUACCUGAUAUCAAGCGUGUUAUUGUGAAUACACAUGCUAUUGAGCCACAGGCACUUGUUGAGUUCUUUGGAACCCUUUCUAAAGAAUGGGCAUUAGAAUGCAUGAAGGACCUUCUACUGGUCAACUUGAGAGGAAAUCUUCAAAUUGUUGUGCAGGUAAUCCUACCGAGUUUCAUUUUAACUUUUCUUUCCCGUUGCUCUUUUUUUUUCUCUAUUCUAAUUAUCAGAAAACCUGUGGCACGUCUGCAGGCUGCCAAAGAAUACGCUGAGCAGCUUGGAGUUGACGCCUGCAUAAAACUAUUUGAACAAUUUAAAUCAUAUGAAGGCCUCUACUUCUUCUUAGGAUCCUAUUUGAGCUCAAGUGAGGAUCCUGAAAUUCAUUUCAAAUACAUAGAAUCAGCUGCAAGGACUGGACAGAUUAAAGAAGUUGAGCGAGUUACCAGAGAGUCUAACUUUUAUGAUGCUGAGAAGACGAAGAACUUCUUGAUGGAAACAAAAUUACCUGAUGCCCGCCCACUCAUAAAUGUUUGCGACCGCUUUGGUUUUGUUCCAGAUCUUACUCACUAUCUCUAUACAAAUAAUAUGCUCCGGUAUAUCGAAGGCUAUGUACAGAAAGUGAACCCUGGAAAUGCUCCAUUGGUAGUAGGGCAGCUACUUGAUGAUGAGUGCCCAGAAGAUUUCAUCAAGGGUUUGAUCUUGUCGGUCCGUUCUCUUCUCCCUGUUGAGCCACUGGUUGAUGAAUGCGAGAAGAGGAAUCGACUACGGUUACUUACACAAUUCCUGGAGCACUUGGUGAGCGAGGGUAGUCAAGAUGUGCAUGUCCACAAUGCUCUUGGAAAAAUUAUCAUUGAUAGCAACAACAAUCCUGAGCAUUUCCUGACUACCAACCCGUUCUAUGACUCCCGUGUGGUGGGUAAAUACUGUGAAAAGAGGGAUCCUACGCUAGCCGUUGUUGCUUACAGACGUGGACAGUGCGAUGAAGAACUUAUCAACGUUACCAACAAAAAUUCGUUGUUCAAGCUGCAAGCUAGGUAUGUGGUUGAAAGAAUGGAUGGCGAUCUGUGGGAUAAAGUUCUACAGCCUGAAAAUGAAUAUAGAAGGCAAUUCAUUGACCAAGUGGUGUCUACCGCAUUGCCAGAAAGCAAGAGUCCUGAACAAGUUUCUGCUGCUGUUAAGGCUUUCAUGACAGCUGACCUCCCUCAUGAACUGAUAGAACUUCUUGAAAAGAUUGUCCUUCAGAACUCUGCGUUCAGUGGAAACUUUAAUCUUCAGAAUCUGCUCAUCUUGACAGCCAUCAAGGCGGACUCAUCUAGAGUCAUGGACUAUGUUAACAGACUUGAUAACUUUGAUGGUCCUGCUGUCGGAGAAGUGGCUGUUGAAGCACAACUCUAUGAGGAGGCCUUUGCCAUAUUCAAGAAGUUCAACUUGAAUGUGCAGGCUGUCAAUGUUCUGUUGGAUAACAUCCGAAGCAUUGAAAGAGCUGAAGAGUUCGCUUUCCGUGUUGAAGAAGAUGCUGUUUGGAGCCAGGUUGCCAAGGCCCAGCUGCGUGAAGGUCUAGUUAGCGAAGCAAUCGAAUCAUUCAUCCGUGCAGAUGACGUGACACACUUCCUUGAUGUCAUUCGUGCUGCUGAGGAAGCAAAUGUUUACCAUGAUUUAGUUAAGUACUUGCUGAUGGUAAGGCAAAAGGCAAGGGAGCCCAAAGUUGAUGGUGAACUCAUCUUCGCAUAUGCUAAGACUGAUAGGCUCAGUGACAUUGAAGAGUUCAUUCUGAUGCCAAAUGUCGCGAAUCUCCAAAAUGUUGGUGACCGUUUGUUUGACGAAGAGCUUUACGAAGCCGCAAAGAUCAUCUAUGCCUUCAUCUCAAACUGGGCCAAGCUGGCUGUCACCCUGGUCAGGCUGAAGCAGUUCCAAAGUGCUGUAGAUGCUGCCCGUAAAGCUAACAGUGCUAAAACAUGGAAGGAAGUCUGCUUUGCUUGUGUUGAUGCUGAGGAGUUCCGUCUAGCACAAAUCUGUGGCCUCAAUAUUAUCGUCCAGGUUGAUGACUUGGAGGAAGUCAGCGAAUACUACCAGAACAGAGGGUGCUUCAAUGAGCUUAUUUCCCUUAUGGAGAGUGGUCUUGGACUUGAACGGGCACAUAUGGGCAUCUUUACAGAACUGGGAGUUCUCUAUGCUAGAUACCGCCCUGAAAAGCUCAUGGAACACAUCAAACUGUUCUCCACCCGUCUCAACAUUCCUAAGCUUAUCCGUGCUUGUGAUGAACAGCAGCACUGGAAAGAGCUUACAUACCUAUACAUCCAAUAUGAUGAAUUUGACAAUGCUGCCACAACUAUCAUGAACCACUCACCAGAUGCGUGGGAACAUAUGCAAUUUAAGGAUGUUUGUGUGAAGAUUGCAAACGUUGAGAUAUAUUACAAGGCAGUGCACUUCUAUUUGCAAGAACACCCUGAUCUCAUCAACGAUCUUCUCAAUGUGCUUGCGCUUCGUUUGGAUCAUACAAGAGUUGUAGACAUAAUGCGCAAGGCUGGUCAGUUGCAUCUUGUGAAACCGUACAUGGUUGCAGUUCAGAGUAACAAUGUCUCUGCCGUCAAUGAGGCUUUGAAUGAGCUAUAUGUCGAAGAGGAGGACUACGAGAGGCUCCGUGAAUCUGUGGACAUGCAUGAUAACUUUGAUCAGAUUGGUCUUGCCCAGAAGCUUGAGAAGCAUGAAUUGCUUGAGAUGAGGAGGAUAGCUGCCUACAUUUACAAGAAGGCUGGCAGAUGGAAGCAAUCAAUUGCAUUGUCGAAGAAAGAUAACAUGUACAAGGAUUGCAUGGAGACAUGCUCACAGUCUGGUGAUCGUGAGCUCUCGGAGGACUUGCUUGUCUAUUUUAUCGAGCAGGGAAAGAAAGAAUGUUUUGCUUCCUGCCUCUUCAUUUGCUACGACUUGAUUCGUGCGGAUGUUGCUCUUGAGCUUGCAUGGACGAAUAACAUGCUUGACUUCGCUUUCCCCUAUCUGUUACAGUUCAUCCGUGAGUACACGAGCAAGGUAGAUGAUUUAGUGAAGGACAGGAUUGAAUCACAGAAGGAAGAAAAGGCCAAGGAGAGUGAAGAGAAGGAACUAGUUGCUCAGCAGAACAUGUACGCUCAAUUGCUUCCUCUCGCCUUGCCUGCUCCGCCCGGUAUGAUGGGUGGUCCACCUCCAAUGGGCGGUAUGGGCAUGCCUCCGAUGGGUGGAAUGGGUAUGCCGCCUAUGGGUCCUGGUCCGAUGCCAGCAUAUGGGAUGCCUCCAAUGGGAAGCUACUGAGUUGGGGCUCCAUUGGCUUUUGAAGAGCAUAGAAGGAUGUCAAAUAUUUCAGUUCACCCAGAGACAGAUGAGGUUUGAUCCCAAGCGAAAUUGUUUCGUUGGAACUGUUAGAUCUGCGUCAUUGGUUGUUCCAGUUAAUAUUCUUUCGGUACCAUGACAAUUUUGGAGAGCGAAAUCUCUAGCCGAGUUUGAGUUAAUUACAGGUUGCUAUAUAUAUUACGAUCGGAUAGGAUCAGCAGCAUGACUGUGGUUAGACCCAGUUGAGUUGGGAAUUGCAAGACUGGUACCAUUUGUAUAGGUGUUUAUGUAAUGAAAGUUUGUAGAUCUCCAUGUACACUUGUCAGCGUUGGUGUUGCAAGCCAGCCAUAAACACAAACAAAUACUGUGUGCAUGUUACCUGUUAGGCUUUACGAUCUCA